GAAUCCCAAAAAACAGUUGCCCCAAAUUACUUUGCACCACAGACAAAGUCUGCAGGCUGAGAGCUGCUGCGGCGACACAUCCGACUGCUGUCCUCCACCGGGAUCCGGCUAAUUCCUGCAGCACACAUUCACUGAACAGGUACAGGUGUCAUGGCGGAGCGGGUGCUGGUGGUUGGCGGCGGCGGGCGGGAACACGCGCUGGCCUGGAAGCUGGCUCAGUCGCCGCAGGUCCAGCAGGUCCUGGUGGCGCCGGGGAACGCCGGCACUGAGAGCUGUGGCAAGAUCAGCAACUCUGAAGUUUCGGUGAGCAACCACAGCAUCCUGGCCCAGUUCUGUAAGGACCACCACGUGGGGCUGGUUGUGGUCGGACCCGAGGUGCCUCUGGCAGCAGGCAUCGUGGACGACCUGACGGCCGCCGGAGUGCCAUGUUUCGGUCCUUCAGCCAAGGCUGCUCAGCUGGAGGCCAGCAAGAGCUUCUCCAAGGCCUUCAUGGAGCGCCACGGCAUCCCCACGGCCCGCUACGGCACCUUCACCGACCCCGAGGAGGCCUGCAGCUACAUCCGCACGGCCGACUUCCCGGCUCUGGUGGUGAAGGCCAGCGGGCUGGCGGCGGGGAAGGGAGUCAUCGUGGCACGGGAUCAAGACGAGGCCUGUCGGGCCGUGAUGGACAUUAUGAAGGUACGAGGUUAUUAAGGUUUUAACUAUGAACACGUCGUGAUGUUUGUCUCUAAUGAGCUCCUCGCUGCUGCUCAGGUGAGUCCGGAGCUGCUGCAGCAGAUCAGAGAGUCGGUUCUUCAGAAGACGGUGGACGGGAUGAGAGAGGAGGGGACUCCUUACGUGGGUGUGCUGUACGCUGGGCUGAUGCUGACCAAGCAGGGGCCCAAGGUUCUGGAGUUCAACUGUCGCUUCGGAGACCCGGAGUGUCAGGUGCUGCUGCCGCUGCUGCAGAGCGACCUGCACGAGGUGAUCCUGAACACCAUGAGCGGUAAGCUGGCCUGCAGCGCCCCCGUGUGGCACCAGGACAGCUCUGCGGUCACUGUGGUGAUGGCCAGCGCCGGAUACCCCGGUUCCUACAAGAAAGGAGUCCAGAUCACAGGUUUGACCCAGCUCCAGGACAUGGGGCUGCAGGUUUUCCACGCCGGCACCGCCCUGAAGGAAGGGGGCGUGGUCUCCAGCGGGGGGCGGGUCCUGACGGUCACCGCUGUCCGGUCGUCCCUGGAGACGGCCCUGCAGGCGGCCAAUCAGGGCGUGGCUGCCGUGGGCUUCCCGGGGGCCGUGUACCGGCGCGACAUCGGCCACAGAGCCAUCGGCCACCUGAACCAGCACAGAGGUCUCACCUACAAGGACAGCGGAGUGGACAUCGCCGCCGGCAACAAGCUGGUGGACAUGAUCAAACCUCUGGCCAAGGCGACAUCCCGCCCCGGGUGUAAUGCUGAACUCGGGGGCUUCGCUGGGCUGUUUGACCUGAAGGCUGCAGGGUUUGUCGACCCGAUCCUGGUGUCGGGGACGGACGGAGUCGGGACCAAGCUGAAGAUCGCCCAGGCCUGCGGGCAGCACGGCGGUCUGGGCCAGGACCUGGUGGCCAUGUGCGUCAACGACGUCCUCGCUCAGGGCGCUGAGCCGCUCUUCUUCCUCGACUACUUUUCCUGCGGCAAGCUGGACGUGGAUGUGGCCGCCUCGGUGGUCGGCGGCAUUGCGAAGGCCUGCGAGGUGGCCGGCUGUGCUCUGCUGGGUGGUGAGACGGCAGAAAUGCCCGGCGUCUACGCCCCGGGAGAGUACGACCUGGCCGGGUUCUGCGUGGGAGCAGUGGAACGAGGAGCCCUGCUGCCCCGGCUGGGGGACAUCACAGAGGGGGACCUGCUGGUCGGAGUGGCCUCGUCUGGGGUUCACAGCAACGGCUUCAGCCUGGUCCGCAAAGUCCUGGAGAAGGCCAACCUUGGAUACAGCUCCCCCGCUGCUUUCGGCCAGCCGGGACAGACUGUCGGGGAGGUGUUGCUGACUCCGACGAAGAUCUACAGUCGCCUGCUCCUGCCCAUCCUGCGGAGCGGAGCUGUCAAAGCCUACGCUCACAUCACCGGUGGGGGGCUGCUGGAGAACAUCCCCCGGGUGCUGCCCCAGGAGCUGGCAGUGGAUUUAGACGCCUCUCGCUGGAGCGUCCCUCCCGUGUUUUCGUGGCUCUACAGCGAAGGAGGCCUGAGCGAGGAGGAGAUGGCCCGAACCUUUAACUGUGGCCUGGGGGCCGUGCUGGUGGUCGCCCCCGUGGACGCCCAGAGGGUCCUGCGGCAGCUCCAAGCCCACGAAGAGGCCUGGAUCGUGGGUUCGCUGGCCCACAAGCAGCCCGGGGCAGAACCUGUGGUGGUCCGUAACCUGAAACACAGCCUGCUGAACGCAGGACCGGCCUCCAGCGGAGAGUCGGAGCAGAACGGCGGUUGCCACGACAACAGCAUCAUGCCACGCAAGAGGACAAGAGUUGGUGUUCUCAUCUCGGGCACAGGCACCAACCUGCAGGCCCUGAUCGAGCAGGCCAAGCGUCCGUCCAGCUCAGCGGAGAUCGUGGUGGUCAUCUCCAACAGACCGGGAGUUCAGGGUUUGAAGAGAGCGUCGCUGGCCGGCAUCCAGACACGGGUGGUGGACCACAAACUGUACGGGAGCCGGGCAGAGUUCGACGGCACCAUCGACCGCGUGCUGGAAGAGUUCGGGGUGGAGAUGGUGUGUCUGGCCGGAUUCAUGAGGAUCCUCACGGGGACCUUCGUCAAGAAAUGGAACGGUAAACUGCUGAACAUCCAUCCGUCUCUGCUGCCCUCGUUCAAGGGUGUGAACGCCCAGAAACAGGCUCUGCAGGCUGGAGUGCGGGUCGCCGGCUGCACAGUCCACUUUGUCGCAGAAGAGGUGGACGCCGGCGCCAUCAUCGUGCAGGAGGCGGUGCCGGUGAUGGGCGGCGACACCGAGGAGAGCCUGUCGGACAGGAUCAGAGAGGCCGAGCACCGAGCCUUCCCCGCCGCUCUGGAGCUGGUGGCCAGCGGCGCCGUGAGGCUGGGAGAGGACGGACACAUCGUCUGGAAGUCCAGUCCACAGAGUUAAAGAAAUCCAGCUCGCGUUACAUUCAGGUCACCGGGUUUACAAUACAAAAGAGACACUAACGAAGCAGACUGAUGAGUAGAAAACACGUUUACUGUUUUUAAAAGCAUCAGCUAAGGUCAAAAUAUCAACUUUGUACUUAUUCCACUGCCAUCACUUCUUGUCCUUUUUUACAAACUGUCGUGUCCUGUUGAGUCGAGCUUGUAAACGUAGAUUUGAUGAAAUAGUGACAUUGCAACUUCUUGUGAAAAGAAGGAAAAAUACAUUCCAGCUGUUAGAUUUGCACUGAAAAACGUAGUUGAUUAUUAAACUUGACCAGGCGAAUGCAA